AUGGACGAUGACUUCGUGAGAGCGGUGAAUAAAUUUAAUGCCAAUUUGGGGAUUCACAAGAAGAAUUCUGUUAGGGAUCUCAGUGAGAAAAAAGAGAAAAAGGAAAAGGUUGAUGAGGAAGACGCCAAUAAGCUGAAGGAAGACCUGGAGCUGCAUUACAUACACAACUCGAACAACAAAAUAUGCCAAAAGUUUUUGACCCUGCCACUGAGCGCCAAACCGGACAGGCUGAACAGCCACUCGGAUAAGGUCAUUCUGCCAGUGUCCAUCCUGAAAACGCUCGAGAAGGGGUUCUACCGAAGCGAAGUGGAGUUCCCAUACACCUUCAGCCUGAAGAACGUGCAAAACAACUACAUCACGCACGUGUGCGUCCUAGAGUUCAGCUCAAACGAAGGAAUCAUACACGUCUCAGAAAAUGUGAAAGAAAAUUUAGGCAUAAAACAAAGCAGCGGCAUCGUCCGGCUAUUAGUAACCUAUGCAAAUAUACCCAAAUGCGAUUUCAUCAAAUUUGAAUCGUUAAAUGAAAAUACCAGCAAUAUAAAAUUUAUGAAAAAUUUACUACAAAAUGAGUUGAGCCUAAAUUAUAGCACCUUAACCUUGGGGGACUACGUCCACAUUAACAACUUAAGCUUCUACAUAAGCGAGUUGGAACCGGAUAAUGCAGUAUCCCUAAUCAACACAGACAUCACCGUCGAUAUAUGUGAAAGGAAGAAUGUGGGGGAGAAGAGAGACGACUCUUCAAAUCGGCUGAGUGACUUCUACGAACCCAUAAACACGACAGAUGUAACGGUUAGCGGUAAUAUAAAAAAGGGAAUGAAAAAAUAUAAGUACUUUUUCCACUACUCCGUUUUGGACCUGCUCAAGAAGGAUAAGAUUGAAAUACAAAUUUCGCUUCAUUCCAGUGGAGCACAUAAAGAUCUCGACUUGUAUGUGGCCUUUCCUCCGCACGACUCCGUGUCAGAUGUGCUUCACCAUUUGCACUUUGACGAUCUUAGCGAAGACGUCAUCAUAAAUAGGGACCUCAUGACGAACUCGCUGAUGCUGCACUUUGCCUGCUUUGCGAAGGAGCGUGCAGAUGGAGCCACGGAAGGGGGUCCGCGAGGAGAUGGCGGCACGGAAGCGGUUCCACGAGGGGAUGGCGGCACAGACGGGGAGUCACGAGGAGACAACCCGGCAAGUGUCACUUUAAGUGCGCCUCAGCAGAAGGAGGACCCCUUCCUCGAAUACAUUUACGACCAGUAUUUCCCCCACCUAAUGUACCUUGCCAUUUCGUGCUCGGCCGAAACGGAGGUGCAGUACACUCUAUCGAUGAAAGUCAGCUCAGAAGGUGAGAAAGAGGCACCGAAAGGGGACGAAGCGGAGGGUAAGCGUGCCCCCCCCACUGCCAGCACAGCCAUUAAGCCAACCGAAAGUUCAAGCAUCAAUCAAAAGUACAUAAAAUGUAACAAUUGCCUGAAAGACAUUUUUGAGCAUAACCUGAGCAUGCAUCAAAUUCACUGCCUAAAAAAUAUUUCCCUAUGUAAUAUAUGCAAAAGGAGUUUCCAAAAAAAGGAUAUCUUAAAUCAUACCCAUUGUGACGUAUGUAAUGAAGGUAUAAGUACAUCCGACAGGAAGAAACAUAAUAACACAUGGCACACAAAAAUAAAAUGUGCAUGUGAUAAACAAUUUUAUAAAAAACAAUUCAUUUUCCAUCAAGCGUUAUUCUGUCCGAAGAAAAUUAUUUUCUGUUCCUACUGCAACAUAUUUACGACGUCCUCCAUAAGUGUGUAUAAUGAAGACUACAUUUUGGCAAAUUUUUUUGACAAAUUUGAUGAGCAGGGAAAUUUUACCUCCAAAUCGGUCCCCUAUUAUAUGCACUUACUGCAUACGAAUUUUUCGUACUUUGUUAAAUAUAUCAAUCACACGGAGCAUGAGAAAUAUUGCGGGUCCAAGUCAGUCACUUGUAUGUUUUGCAAAACGAACAUGCACAGGAACAGGUACUUGGCUCACUUGAUGUUUUUCCAUGACAAGGGUAAGAAGGAGUCCUUUAUGCUUAUCAACGAACAUUUGGAAGAUUAG